ACUGCCCUGAAGGAAGCGAAAGAGGAGAGGGGGUUAGAACUUAGAACAAGAAGAAGCUUACGCCAGCACGUCACCAUAGAGCUACAUCACCAUGGCUGACCCGAACCUUACUCUGUUUUCCACGUCAAAGUCGUCAAGUCGGCAAUUGGCUUAGCUAAAAUAAUCCAUACCCAGCAACCCACGCAAGAAGACUAGUGAAGAAUUUGAAAGAGAAAGAAGUCGACUGGGUACUCAGUAAAGCGUCUCUUGAUUUGUUUAAUAAUAACCCUGAAGGCCUGAAACCUCUAUUUCAUAUUUUUCUGAGAAAGAGAUGGAAAUUGGAAAGAGAUUCAGUCUAAAAGGUUAGUGAAUCGUAGGCGCCAAGAAACACACAGAGAGAGAGAGCUCAGAAUUUAAAUUUAGACUAGAGAAGAAAAACCAGCCAGUGUAUCAUCAGAUGGCAAGAAUCAGUCACUCUUCCUCACGCAUCAACAUUCACAUACAAGAAGAACCUGAUCAGUUCAUCAAUAUUAAUUCUUCGUCCACAAAGCCUUCAACCAACAUCAACAGCAUCACCAAAGAGAAGAAGAAGAAGAUCGGUAUCAUCGCUAAUCAGGCGGGGGAAUCCAUGAACCACCGAAAAACAACGGCUGGACAGAUCACCAGCAAGUUGUUCUUCAUCUUCUUCUUCCUUCAACUCGUCCUCACCACAGUCUUGAUCUCCUUCCUCACCAUCCGCAGUUUCGUCUCCCAUUCAAGUUCAAACCACUUAUUCCACCCUCUUCAUUGGUACCUUCCACUCCUCACUUCCAUCGCAUGCUCUGCUAUUGCUGCAUUCUCAUGGCCGCUCUCCAUCCGCUAUAACCCAUCAAGAACCAUAAAGACCGCAUUUUGGCUCAGCCCAUCAUUGACAUGCGCAGCAGGAAUUCUCCUAAUCGCCGUUGGCACGGCCGGUAGCCUUGCAGUCGGUGCAGUUGCAAUCAUUUUUUCCCUCAUCCAGUCCCUCUACGCUUGCUGGGUAGUCCCCCGGAUUGAUCACACAAGCAAGAUCUCAUCUUUCUCCCACGCCGUACCCACUUCAGGGACGACCAAGUUUAUCGUUUUAUCGAUUCUUGUCGGCGUCACUUGCUCCACUUUGGCCGUCUCUGGCCUUGGCGGUUCCACCAAUGGAACUGGGUCUCACUCCCUCUCUGACGCUCUCUUCGUCUUGGCCAUUCUGCUCAGCCUGGCAUGGACAAUGCAAGUAAUUAGGAACAUAUCUCAUGUCUCAAUCUCGCGAGUUGGGUACCUCUACUUCGCUCACGGGAUUGAAUUCAACACAUUUGGGGCUUAUCAUGACACGAUUAAACACUGCAUGGGUAAUGUUUGUUUGGGUUCGGCCAUUGUCCCUGUUCUUGGGAUCAUACGGGGCUCGGCCAGGGCAAUCAGCAUAGUUGCAGGAGACACGGACGAGUUCCUCUUCUCUUGUGCGAAUUGCUACGCAGGUAUCGCUGCAAGGCUCGUGGCGUAUGGGAAUCGAUGGGGGUUCGUUCAUGUCGGCGUGUAUAAUAAAGGGUUCGUUCAGGCAUCGAUGGAUACAUGGGAGAUGAUUGGACGAGCAGGGCUAGAAUCGGUGAUUGACUCGGACCUCACUGGCUCCUUCUGCUUCCUCUGUGGAGUUGCAGUGGGAGCAGCUUGUACGCUCGUGAGUGGGUCAUGGACACUCGCCGUGGAAAGAAGCUAUGCUACCGAAACCUCAAUUUAUGCCUUCUUGAUCGGUUAUUUCAUGUGUCGGAUUGGCAUGGCAUGGCCACAAGCAUGCGUGUCAGCAUUCUAUGUGGCAUACUCUGAGAGCCCACAGAGCCUUCGGUUCGACUCAACCAUCUCAGAUCACAUCACAGAGCUGCAGCGUUCUAGAGCUUAAAAUGAAUUCGGUAAGGGUUCUAGACUGGGUCCUUCUUGUGCAAUCCACAAUUCAAUAUACAGUUGUGUUCUGUGGGUUAGAGAAACAGAGGAAGUCAGAUGCGGAUUCAUCCAGCCCCAGACAUCCAGAUGCCCAGAAAACAACUGCCUAGUGUAAUUUGUGAGGUGGUGGUGUAAUAAACUCACAUUCACUGGCAUAAAAAUCCUCUGCAGGGGGACAGUGAAUAUCCAACCGGAUCCUCACAUUCACUAGUUCUCAAGUUCUGGUCUCCUGAUUGUUACCUCCCCCUCCCCCUCCCCCUCCCCCUCUAAUAGUGUAUCCAUCAAUGAGAAAAACUUGUUAUCCCUAUUCUACAUUUGCCCCUCUACUGGUGUUAGUGUAUCUUGGGGAAUGUAAACGGGCAGGGCUCAGGCUGGGUAUGGUGGGCCCAUCCCAGUCCACAUUUAGAUAUGUUGGGCACGAGUGGAGUUCAGGCUAGCCCGCCUUGCUACAAUAUAUAUUUACAUGCAGGUCAGAUUUUCCUUAUAAAAUAA